AUGGCUUUGCAGGAGGAGUUUGAACAAUAUGCUGAGCAGGCCAAAUCAUUGCCUCCAAUGACCAAGGAUGCAGAUAAACUCAUCCUGUAUGGGCUUUAUAAGCAGGCAACUGUUGGAGCUGUAAACACUAACCGUCCCGGAAUUUUCAUCCCAAAGGAGAGAGCCAAAUGGGAUGCAUGGAAACAAGUUGAAGGGAAGUCCAAAGAGGAAGCAAUGGCUGAGUACGUCACAAAGGUGAAGCAGUUGCAGCAAGUAGUUUCUGCAUAAUUGGUUCAUCCAUCAGUUUCUAUUUCAAAGUGUGUUCAUGAUCAUGUUGUUUGUU